UAUAUACGACUCAUUCUUGAUCAUCAAUACUCAUCCACCACACUACAUCCCUUUCCCUCUUCUCUCGAAUCUUUGGAGACAUCCGAUCCAAUAAAUUCGGCCUGAGUUAUCGAGGUUUUAGAGCCAUCUCUUGCAAAUGAUCUUGGUUGCCAAUAAGUGUGCAACUACUUCUUAAGUGAAGUCCUGCUUAAGAAACAGUCCUUUGGGUACCUGGAGUUACCUUCCAAGUCAUCGGGGAUCGAGGCCUGGACAGUUGCAGCGUGAGAGGAACUACGGAGUGAGUGAACUUAGGUAAUGGCAUCAUCCAAGGGAGGCCGGUCCUUGGAGGAGACGCCAACGUGGGCAGUUGCAGUAGUCUGUUUCGUGCUCGUCUUGAUCUCGAUUAUUAUCGAGCAUAUCAUCCAUCUAAUCGGACAGUGGUUGACCAAGCGGCAUAAGCGAGCUCUUUUCGAAGCACUCGAGAAGAUCAAAGCAGAGCUGAUGCUGCUCGGGUUCAUAUCGCUGAUGCUGACUGUGGGGCAAGGGCCAAUCUCGGGCAUUUGCAUACCAGAGUCCGUGGGAGCAACUUGGCACCCCUGCAGUCCUAAGCAGGAGAAAACCAAAUACGGGGAAGAUGAAUACAAGGAUCCUGAAGAUGGUGGCCGGAGAAGGCUCUUAUCGAUGUCUGCUCAGCCCUCCGAUCGCCGAGUCUUAGCUGCUGCCGCAUACGACAAAUGUUCUCAGGGGAAAGUUCCGUUCGUUUCGGUUUAUGGAAUCCAUCAGCUCCACAUAUUUAUCUUUGUGCUGGCAGUUUCCCAUGUUCUCUACUGCAUAGUCACCCUUGCCCUUGGCCGAGCUAAGAUGAGCAAGUGGAAGGCGUGGGAGAUGGAAACAAGGACAAUCGACUACCAGUCCUCCCAUGACCCAGAGAGGUUCAGGUUUGCGAGGGACACUACAUUCGGGCGAAGGCACCUAAGUUUCUGGAGCCACUCAUCAGUUCUUCUCUGGAUCGUCUGCUUCUUCAGACAAUUUGUCAGGUCGGUCCCGAAGGUUGAUUACUUAACACUUCGCCACGGGUUUAUCAUGGCGCACCUGGCUCCUCAGAGUCAUACCGAGUUUGAUUUCCAGCAGUACAUCAAAAGAUCACUUGAAGAGGACUUCAAAGUUGUGGUUGGGAUUAGUCCAACAAUAUGGUUCUUCGCUCUGGUUUUCCUGCUAUUUAACACCCACGGCUCAUACUCGCACCUGUGGCUUCCGUUUCUUCCUCUUAUCAUUAUUCUAGUAGUCGGGAUGAAGCUGCAGGUUAUAAUCACGAAGAUGGGCCUGAGAAUUCAAGAGCGAGGAGAGGUUGUUAAGGGGACCCCAGUUGUCCAGCCUGGAGAUGACCUCUUCUGGUUCAAUCGGCCCCGGCUCAUUCUCUACCUCAUCCACUUCGUUCUCUUUCAGAAUGCUUUUCAGCUGGCCUUCUUUGCAUGGUCGUCGUAUGAAUUCGGCUUGAGAUCAUGCUUCCAUAAGGAGUCAGCAGAUAUAACCAUCAGGAUCUCGAUGGGGGUCCUCAUACAGAUACUUUGCAGCUACGUAACCCUUCCUCUAUAUGCGUUGGUAACACAGAUGGGAUCGAACAUGAAACCUACCAUUUUUAACGACAGAGUGGCAAAUGCCCUUAGGAACUGGCAUCAGACAGCAAAAAAGCAAGUCAAGCAAAACAGAGGAGGCGCCGUAACUCCAAUAUCAAGCAGGCCAGGAACUCCUUCGCACACAAUGUCCCCAGUCCACUUGUUGCGCCACUAUAAGCCAGAAGCAGACAGUGUCCAGGCAUCGCCGAGGAUGUCCAGCUUUGAGGAUGAAGGUUGGCACACCAACGAGCAGAACUCCCCUCGGCAACAAUAUGGUGAUGCAGUCCGAGUAGACUAUUCUGCAGGAGGAGCUACAAUUGAGCUGAGCUCAGCCCAUGAUCCGUCUUUGCAGCAAACUGCCCAACCUACCCCUUCCCGGCACGAGAUUGACAUUUAUUCGGCAGAGUUCUCAUUUGAGAAAUUCCCGAAAAGUUGAUAAUGAUUGUUUAGUAUGAUCAAAACAUAAUGAGACUUGGUUAAGUACCGCGCCACAAGAAAUCCACCGGAAGCUUGACCCUUCGCGUGUUA